CUUUUCGAAUCGUGGUUGUUGGAGACAUUCAUGAGGAUUGGGAACUAGAGCAUGAUUACAAGGCGCUCAAAUUUUUGCAGCCAGAGCUGGUGCUUUUUACAGGCAAGACUCCGUCCUUGCUAUUUAUUUUUUGUAUCUAUAAUAACUCUUUAAUGUCCUCGAGGUAUACUGCCUUCUAUCUUGUGUGAUGGCUGGUGACUUUGGCAAUGAGAAUGUUGAACUUGUUAGGAGCACGGAAAAGGUAGACAUGCCUAAAGCAGCAAUACUUGGAAAUCAUGAUUCCUAGUCUACUUAUAAGUUCUCGAAGAAGAUGAAAGAUGGAGUUCAGCUACAGCUGGAAUCGUUAGGUGAAGCGCAUGUUGAAUAUGGACACUUGGACUUCCCCAAAUUAAAGCUUAGUGUUGUAGGUGGGAGACCAUUUUCUCUUGGAGGUGAUAAGUUAUUCAGGAAAAAGCUUCUAAAAGCAAGAUAUGGAGUCCAAAACAUGGAAGAAAGUGCACAAAAAAUUCAUAUGGCUGCUAUCGGAACUCCAGAAGACCACUCAAUUAUAUUUCUCUCACAUAAUGGGCCAACAGGUCUUGGUUCAAGUGUGGAUGACAUGUGUGGCAAAGAUUGGGAAGGCGGUGGAGACAAUGGGGAUCCAGAUUUGGAACAAGCGAUCUCUCUUUUGAAAGAGACUAGUACUUAUUCCAUCCCUUUGGUUGUGUUUGGGCACAUGCAUAAAGAAAUGGUUGACAGGGGCUCUCGUAAGAUGGUAUUCGUUGCUAGUGACAACACCAUGUACUUGAACGGCACCAUUGUACCAAGGGUGAAACCUCUAGACUUGGGAGGUUCACUUCGUGUAUUCACCGUGGUUGAUCUAAGGGACGGUAGAAUAACAAAGGUGGUAGAAACUUGGGUUUCAGUGGUUGGAGACAAUAUCUCGUUAAAAGAGGAACAUGUAUUGUUUUGCUCCAGUGUCAAAGGCAGUGAAAGGUACUCAUUUAGAGACCCAUCUGCUGGGUUAAGCUUGGUCGAGUCGGUUUGAACUGUGAAAUAUACAAAGCUUUCUUGUUAGAAAAUAACUACAUUCUGACAUGCACUCUUGAGGCAUAUCUAAUAAGUUGGGUUAAAUACACUCCUAGAUACAGACAUAUACUUAGACAACUCAGUUGAGGUUGAGAAUUGAGAUAAUAGAGUUCACUUAAGGAUCGACAUAAAAUUGUUUAUGCUUUUCUCUGA